GUGCUGCGGGUUCUGACAGUCAGUGGUGACUGAGAGGGGGGAAGAAAAGUGUCGCCUCUGAAAUAAAACAUCAUAUGUCCCGGUAAAAGAAAAGAAAUAAACACCCAUAAAACACAGUAGUUUAUAAGAAGAAAACCACCCCCAAAAGCAGAGUCGUAAUGAUCCGUUUCAUUCUUAUUCAGAACCGUGCUGGGAAAACCCGCUUGGCAAAGUGGUAUAUGCAGUUUGAUGAUGAUGAGAAACAGAAGCUCAUUGAGGAGGUUCAUGCAGUGGUGACCGUUCGUGAUGCCAAGCACACCAACUUUGUGGAGUUUCGAAACUUCAAGAUAAUUUAUCGACGUUAUGCUGGGCUCUACUUCUGUAUUUGUGUCGAUGUCAAUGACAACAACCUGGUCUACCUGGAAGCUAUCCACAAUUUUGUAGAGGUUUUGAAUGAAUAUUUCCAUAAUGUCUGUGAACUAGAUCUUGUCUUCAACUUCUACAAGGUAUAUACAGUGGUGGAUGAGAUGUUCCUUGCAGGCGAGAUCAGGGAAACGAGCCAGACAAAGGUGCUAAAACAGCUCCUCAUGCUGCAGUCCUUGGAGUGAAAGUUUUGAUCGAAAACUGAAAGAACAUUUAAACAGCAACUCUCUCCCUUCGUGUUCCAUUGGUGUGCGUGUAUGUGUGUGUGUUGGAGCGAGUGAAAAGAGGUGAAUGAAACAUACAGGGAACAGUGAAUGUUAACCCAAUUGCUACAGGAGAAUGACAUUUAACCUGUCAAACCCCACUGAAAUAUUGUGUAAUGCUUCAGCAUCUCUGUCACGAGUUAAUCUGAUUGUAAGGGGAUCCCGUGUCUCUGGUUAUCUGGCUGUUGAUUCAUUGCUAUCCACACAAAAUUCUAAAUUUUGGAGGCUGCGCUGUCAAAUUAGCCCUAGCAUUAGGCAAAUAGUUGUUUUGCAGUAGGUCAGUUGGACUUUGUUCAGAGAGGGAGGAAAAAUGCAAGCGCACUGUGGGACCAUUAAUGUAAUCUGAACACAAGCCAGAGCUUUUAGCAGUGGAAACUUGUGCAGGCUGUGUCAGUGUUGUCAAUAGGCUUUCAGAUGAACGCAGCAGUGAGCAAAUGAAAUUUUCAGAUUCUGUCCUUAGUCCUAGGUGUGUAUUUUGCUGUUCCUGCAAAGAGUAAUGUACAGUCACAUCAGAAAUAUUAGUGGCGGGACCAAAUUUGAAAGAUUAUUGUGCAAGAAAUGCUUUUUAACACAUUUUGUCCUUUGGUAUAGUAUAUGAGUGACAGCAUGCUGGAUAUGAUUAAUACUGCAAAACCAGUAUAUUCUCGUCACCUUAAUUUACGAACAGCUCUGUCAAUUUACUGCCUCCAGUUCAGUUUUAAAGAAGCCGAGUCAUUUGGCCUCCGGAUCAUUGUUACUUUGGGUUAAUGCCCAUUUAAACUUACACCAAGCACUCUGAGUGGGAGCAUUGUUUUGAUUAGGUUUGUUAGAGCUAAAUAAUAGAGCUCUGUUCCAUGUGUAUCAUGCAUUUUCUAAUGCUCCUUGCACCCAGAGAUCAUAAUGUAACAUUUCGUUCAUACAGAGGAAGAGGGAAUGAUCUGGCAUUAACGAUUCAGGACUUUAUGAAAUUGAGAUUCCCACAGAUUGCAUUAGGGGCCAAUAUCCCUCCAACAGGAGGGCUUGAUGGAAGCUAUCAGGAAAUUCACCAGUCAAAUAACCAGAAUUCAGUAACCUGUGUUUGUAGUUUACAGAGAACAGUAUUUUCUUUAUGAUUUUUUUUAUUAUUUUGUUCCAAAUAAGACAUAGAAUUUGUAGUAAUUGAUGCUAGUAAUUGAACUGCCUCCAGAAAUGAAUAGAAAAUGUUGUAGAAACAUUUAAUUUUGUUCCAUUGACCAAGUCACUGACGGAUGGUGGCACUGCCGGCUGCGACCUUGUUCUGUGUAACUGUUACUUAAUGACAAAACUUCUGGAUUUAUAACUAUCCAAAGCUCUGGAAAGCCACCAGUCAAAAUUACCUGACUGAAAGAAUAAAUGUAAAUGCUGACUGAA